AUGGUUGCCCCGCCUCCUGGCGACGUCACUUGUUCAAAAGACGAACUAGACCCCAAGAUACGACGCAAGCUCAAUGACGCCCUUAGAGUUGCCGCCAAAGAUGCUGCGAUAGGAGCCAAGCUGAGAGAGUUCAAGUUUUAUACGAUCUUGCUUAUUGGUCUAUCUUACAGCAUAGAGGGUCUUAGGGCGCUUAGUCUAGAGGUUAUUGGCCAAAUAUGCGUGUUUAUUCAAGGAUAUAUAGUGAAGUUCGAGCUGAUUCCUUUCCUCCUUCAAACGAAUAUCCUUUCAACCAUUGGCCUGGCGAAAGCAGGUGGUAUCGACUUGAAAACAUUGGAGACAGAGAUAGAAAGCUUUAAGGGGAGCAACAGUCUAGCAAACGGCGACCAUCCAACAAGCAAGCUCAGUAGGGAGGGUGGAGCCAUUGACCCAACACCCGGGCCUUUGCAGAAGAGGGCGAGAACAGACACUGUGAUCCAAGCCGAAGUGCCAACCGCUGUAAACACGGCAGAAAAGCACCAAACUUCUCACGUCGAACCUCCCACUGGAUCUCUGAGUGUCUUCAAGGAUCGAAAUGGCGGAACGUUCGUUCCCAGGAAGCAGGUGGUGCGUUUUAUGAGUUGUGACAAAGGACUAUAUGAAUUGAGGGCAAACCCACGUCGGGUUCGCGGCUACACAAUGUUAGUGAAAGGUGAAGGUUAUUGGUCCUUAUCCUUCUAUCCAUUGGUAGAAAUGAAGGACGCACUUAUGAAAUUAACCGAGGACAACUCGGAAAGUUCGAAAUUCAAUAUCCCACGUGACAAAAAUAUCUACAAACUCAACCUUGAUGAAGCCUUUGGUUCUGAUUUGGGACCUGAUUGUCGAGUCCACCACCAAGCAACACUAUUGGUUAACAAAGAGGGAGACUUGUCACUGACGUUCUUUCUGACUGGAUACAAAGGGGAGGAGCUUAAAAAACUACCAAGUUUCCAGCUUUUUAGGAAACGCUCAAUUGUCCCAACAUAG